AUGGCUUCUCAACUCAUGGAUGCGGCUAUCAUUGUCGACGAUGAUAGUAUGGAAAACCACAAUCCACACGUCAGCCCGAACCCGCUCAAAUGUCCUCCUGCACCGCUGCACCAGCUCUCGCCCGAGCGCAUGAAUCAGCAACGCCUCCCUCAGUCACCCUCUCUACACAGCUACCUCGUCGAACAUGACCGACCCCGCACCCGCGACUCGUUCACGUCGGACGUUCAGUCGAAAGUCGCCUUUCUCAACAGCUUGGCGGCAAGCACCAGCGUUCAAUCGUCGCCCACUCGGCCCAGAAGACUCGGGCCCGGACUUCCGGACAACUGCAGUGCCACGUCUAAUCAUAAUCUUAAUACCAAUAAUGCUCUCCAGCGGGCAGUCAUGGGAUACGAGGAAGCACAGGCGAGCCUCGCAAGUCUAAACGCCGAGCUGGAGCGGGCAAAGGAAGAAGUGGCCUCCAAGAAGAAACGGGAGAGAAUGCUCUCGCAACGCGUCGAGGAGCUCCUGGAAGAGCUGCAAGCCGAGAAGGAGAAAAGAGGUCGAGACCAGGAGUCCUACACGAAAGAAAUCAAACGAUGUCGCAAGGAGACCUACCGUGCUGAAUUGGCCGUCGUGGAGGCAAGGCAGGAUCUGCAAGAAGUGAGGGCAGAGCUAAAGAAAUGCCAGGCUGAGAUACAGCAUGAGAGGACGGAGAAGGAGAAGAGUCGCCAAGAGAGUUUUGAGAGGGCAUACGCGUUGGCAGGAAUGGUGGGUGAGAUGGAUCAGCUGAAGGAUAGACUGAAGGCCGUGGAAAAGGAGAGGGACGCAGCCCUUCUGGAGGCAAAAGCAAACGCCGUCGAAAAGAAUGCACUGUUAGAGAAGGGUGUUCAAACUGAAUUGCGAGAGCCCCGGAACGAAGGUGAAAGGACCGAAACCCCCGAAAUUCCCGGGGAGAGAAAGACAUUUCAACAAGGAGAAAACAAUCGAUCUGCUCAGCAUUCGGAUAGCGAGAGCGACAUCCAAUCUGUUUCUAGGCCGAGGAUGGUGCCAGCGUCAAUGAAUUACGCGAAACCUGAAGGCACUGCACGUCUCGCGCCAAAGCUGCCAGAUUUCGCAACAGCCAUAUCCCGCUUAGACUAUUACGACAAGCAGUUAGCAGGAGAGAAGAUCACACCUGAAGAAGAAGUUGAGUUUUUGAAGCAGGAACUUGCUUGGGCGCGGAAGAAGCAUGAGGAAGACUCGGAUUUGAUCCAUUUCAUGCAUAUGCAGUGUCAGUUCAAGGCUUGUCCGUGUCGACUGGCUGAGUCAAAUGGAGAUCGGUUUGUUCACGAUCAGGUUUAUGAUGCCAGGAUGCUGCAGCAGCGCGCAUCAAAGAAGAGGAAAAUCUCGAACGAGGUGGAUGAGAAGAGCUCACAUCUUGAAGAAACCUACAAGACAUCUGCGGAGCAGUCCCUCACAACCAAAGACGAGCCUGUCCAGAAUGCGCCGAAAUCUAGGCCUUCGAUCGAAGAGAGUGAGCCGGCCAUACUUCCACCUGACCCAACGCCGGAGCUGAUGGAUGAGGCAUCAGAAGGACCUUUGGUCCUUGAACAAGCUGUCGGAGUGCCUCUCCCGGAACCAGACGCGAUGGAGCUGGACUCGAGCACUAAUACACCAGAGGUGACGGCCCAGUUGGAGGAAAUAACGCAAGUUUUGGUCGAGCCAGCAAGAGGUUCACAACCGUUCUCUUUUUCAACAUCUAUCACAACUAAUGCUGGCAUUGGGAUUACAGCUCCACUACUUCGACAUACUGAGAGUACGUCGGCCGUGCAUGACCACGAUCUCUUCGAUCUCUCGCCGCCAAAACAAGCACCUCCAAGACGACCUUCGACGGCGCUGGGCAUCUUGACUGUCGACUCACCUGUUCGGCUGGUGCCGGAUUCACCACGCUCGGUCAGGUCUUCUCAGCGGGAAAGCGUGCGAAGACUCACAAAGGAACGACACCACGCCAUCACGCCAUCAGUCACGACGACCACCACGAAAAUCGCACUCAAAGACUCGCCAUCCCGCGCUAGUCUGCACAGGCGAGCACAGUCAAAACCGAAUCUUCGAAGCCACUCACCUUUGGUGGCCUCAGUCAUGUCUCACCACGAUGAUGCUGACGAGCAAUCUACAUUUGUAAAAGACUCCUCGGCUUCACCUGGAGCGAGCACUGUGUUUCCCGUUACGCCCUUGCACAAGCACUCAAGGUCAAUGCAUAAUCUAGCUCUGCAUGCGCAGACGCAGGCUCACGUUGAGAGUCAAGCUCAAGCGCAAGUUCCAAGUCAUGCAAGAAGUCCACAGUUGGUUGCUGCUACGACUACGACGCGCGUACCGCUCAGAGAAGCCGUGGAUGCAGAUGAUGAUAUGUUCAGCCUGGAGCAGCACCGCUCGAGUCGAAAUACUGGACAUGACCAUGCUCAAACCGAGGUCUUGAACAUCAGACUGGACUCCUCCAUUACAAGCAACAGAGAACCAAUCUCCCAUCUGCAGACACAACAAUCCAGAGUGACUGUGACUUCGCUCGCGGAUAAUUCGGGUACUAUGCUCUCCAACGUCCCUGGCACUCCGAUCUCACGGGAGGCAGCACUGGCGCAGAUUCGCGCACGAAGAGAUCGAGCCAGGAGCGUCAAUCUCAAGCGCUCCGCGCUCGAAGGCCAUGGCCAUGGCCAUAAUGGCAACAAGGGUGUCGGAGUCAACAACGGCACACGUGGAAGCCCCACAAAGCCACCACGGCCGGCGGUCCUGAAUAUUGGAAGCGGCGGCGGCGGCCUGUUCCAAGCUGUCGGGAAGGAAAAUGCGCGCAGGGAGAUUAGCCAGGCGAGUGCGCCGGGACGGCUUGCUUUUUGA